CGCUAGUAAUCAUAGUCGGUCUGAACUAAAUGCUUUGACCAAAAUAUCCAUGAAGAUUACGAGUAAUGACGAAUUAGCCCUUCUUCGCCGAAAGACGGUCACUGGACUCACUCUCACACUUCUCAAACUACCGAUUUCUGAUGAUCAGCUCCAAGGUUUCACAAGGUCAGUGUUGAUCUAUUGUUCUUCGCUUCUGGUAAUCUACCAGUUAUUCUGUUGAUCAGCUCGUAGUUUCCCUCUCUCUUUUCCAGAAACAUCGAAAUUGACUGAUUCGUGUUUCAGAUUUUAGCUCAUUUCCGCUGAUGGGUUUCAAUUCGGUUUUUCAAUCUCUCACGGAAUUGUUCCCGCAGAUUGAUUCGAGGAUUCUUAGAACUGUUGCAAAUGAGCACCCAGCGGACGCUGAUGAAGCUGCGGCUGUAGUCAUCUCAGAGGUUGUUCCUUUGUUAUCCCAGAACUGGGCAUACGACUUUAAUCAACCUGAGAACAAGAAAUUCAAAGCUCCACUGGACUGCAAAGUAGAAGAAGAUGAUGUGCAAAACGAAGACGGGAGUUUGUCGCUGUCUCAGUGGCUUCAACCAUCUAUGCUUCCACAGAGUUACCUCGCGUUUCUCAACGACGAGUCAACACCUGAUGAGAAUGAGAAACCUCCUCUCGAUUACGUUGUGAAGGAAGUGGUUCUUCCUAGUCGUGAUGCACCAACUGGUCCAGGACUAGGAGGAGGAAUCCGAACCCUGUACUCAGCUUCUGAAAAUGGCGGCACUUGUUCUGACAAAACUGCUUCCUCCAUGGUGAAACCUUCUAUCCGUGUACAAAGCCGCACCAGCAAUGACCUCUCAGGAAGUAGCAGUAAGGCUCCUGUGGCUGGACGAUCCCCACGCAAGUCGACGCAUCCAUGGUCCCAAAACUACUCUGAGAAGCUGAGAAGUUGGAAAAAACGAUGCAACAGCAACAACAACCGUGACAAUGACGAAUCCAAAGAUGUACCCUCGAAGAAAUUCUACAAAGACAAGAACAAAUGUUACAACACUGAGCGUAACCGCAAGCAGCGAAUUGGAGACAACAUCAAGGCAUUAGCGGAGUUGCUCCCACAUGAAGUUGAGGAGGAUACCUCUGAAUCGAUACUGAAUGAUAUCGUUGAUCAUGUUAAGCUUCUGCAGCUACAGAUGAAGGAAUUAAGUCGAAGCAGGUUGGUAGGAGAGCCUAUUACUCAUCCUAUGACAUUCGUUGAGGGAUACGGCCACUACAUUCAACACGAGGAAGCGAUGACAAAACCUCUGGAGGAAAUGAUGGAAGAUUUGCUUGCAAAUGAUCCUGAUGCUGCGACUAGCUUGUUGGAGAGCAAAGGCCUUUACUUAAUGCCCUUGUCCUCGGCCCAAGGCUUCUGCUGAGUUCCCCCCACGAUUUCCCCCUCAUACAUACCUCUUCUCAUCUGCAAUCAAAACACUAAUUUAGAUUUUGGUUGUUAUAUUUCUACAAAAGUAAAGCGUUUCCUAAAGUUUAGUACGGCACUUGUUUUGUUUGUUGAUUAAUACUAAUUUUUACAAGGUACUUAUUUUUGAUAUGCAUUUAUGUUUGUUGAAGUAAAGCUUAUAAUUAUAGUCAAAGUGCUCAAGAACAUUUCGGUCAUUAUUAUGAGCUUAUUUGAUACAACUAGGAAAAAAGUAUUGCGAUGGGCCGAGAUAUCUAAUAAAUGGGCCGAUUCUGGGCUCAACCAUGACAAAUAAGACAACUCUUUACCAGAUCCCCACCUAAAAACAAGGCCCAAUAUCUGAUAUUAUUC